AUGGAGGCAGUUGGUAUUGAACUUACACAGCUGCUGGCGAUGGCCCAGGCUGGCCAGAUACACGCUGACAAUAGCUGUUGAGAUGCCUAUUUAAAAAAAAAACCCGCUGUUUUAAAAUGUCUUGGAUUCAUUGAAAGUUUGAGUUCGAGGAUAAACUAUUUUCGGAGAUUUCUUUCAUUCAUAUAUGAUAUGUCUUGACAAAAACGUAUGGUGAAAAUAGUGUAUUUUANAUCAGUAAAACUUAUCAUAAAAAAUACGAAGAGAUUAGAUUUGACAUAACUGUAUUUCAAUACAAGGCCUCUCAGUUAUUUCCUUCCUUUUCCAAAUUAGAAUGUCAGUAAAAUUUUUAUUGUGUAACAUUAACAAUAUUGUGUUCCGAAAAAUAAUAAAUUUGUAAAAUCUCACGCACUUCGGGGAAUUUUUCUCCAACUCUCUCUCUCUCUCUCUCUCUCUCUCUCUCUCUCUCUCUCUCUCUCUCUCUCUCUCUUACUCUCACACUCUCUGUCCCUCUCUUUCUCUCCUAUCUCUCUCGCGCACACACCCAUGUCCACACAGACGUAUAUAUUCUCCAAGAAAAACUCCCACAUUUACACAUAAAGUAUAGGUAGCAAAUUAUCAUACAACUGACUGUUCCCCACGUCAUGCUUUCCUCAUAUUUCCUGACCCCACCAAGAGACAAGUCUCAAGCUCUGACUCCAGGUCAAAGUCACAUUAAAAUUGUAAUAUCGUAAUCGGUACUGAUCACUUAAGCUAGAAUUUUUUUUAACCAAAGUUUAACUAAAAUUAUAGGAAAGAUCAAAUGUAUAACUCUUAUUUCAGUAUCGUGUCUUUGUAUUUAGAAUUUUUCUGUUGUGAUCUCCACGACCUGUGUUUUAUAUCUCCUAAAAUAUAUUAGGAGCGCGAAGUUUCCAUGAGUUACACGACACUAUUCUUUUAAAGAAAUGUUUUACUUAUUUAACUCAUUUUUGCAGGUGUCUUCUGUGAUGCCUUGACCUAAGAGGCACACAGCAUGAUUCUUUUACUCAAUAUACCAAAGAAAAGAAAAGAACUUCUGAACAAGAGAACUGUCUUUGUGGCCCUACUUGUUACUACGCUCAUCCUUCUUUACCUCAUGGGGGAGGCGUAUGGAUACACCGUUAGUAAUGUCGUCAUGGAUGGCCUCGUUUCCUCAAGCCUGUCAGAGUUUCCAUCUGACAAUCGCUUGAUCACAGUUCCCAAUUUAACAGAUGCAGUCAGAGGGGAAAUGAAGUUCAACGAUGCCAGCGUUAACAUCAGCACUCUUCAAACCAAAGGGUUAAACAGCAGUAAGAUAAAUCAGCUAAAGUCCUCAAUUGUCAAAUUAUUGCAACGAAGUUUUAAAAAUCUGAAAUAUUCGAAUAGCCAGACCGGAAGAACCUUGUCUCCAGAUCGAACAACCACAUCACUCCCUCAACACAUGAAAGUAUUUUUCACGAACAAUACUGAAAAAGGUGGUUUAAUGCAACUUAUCACACUAUUUGAUAAGUUAAUGACCGAGCACAAUGGGACCUACUUCAUCUACGGCGGGACAUUGAUUGGUUCCUACAGACAUCAUGGCAUGGUUCCCUGGGAUGAUGAUCUCGAUGUCAUUGUACCAGAGAACCUCCAAGGGCGUCUCAAACAAAUUUUCUCCAAUGUCUCCAAAGACUACGUCUUGAACUUUGAACCCAAAUGUUUCGGGAAGUUGUUCCCGACGCGCGGUAAUCGCAUUCCACCGUACGCUUGGAGUUAUCCGUUUAUAGAUAUCUUUUUCUACGGAGAGAACGCCACGCACAUAUGGGACACGUGCCCUCACUUCAGAAAGAAGUUCUGUUAUCCGAAGUCGAUGAUAUUUCCCCUACGGAGACGACCGUUUGAGAACGUGUCUUUGCUGGCCCCUCGUGACACCAGGGCUGUGAUUAGCAAGACGUACAACCUAGACGAGUGCGCGUCUAAUGCCUAUAACCAUUCAAAGGAAAAAACUAUAAAAGGGCUUACUGUUCAGUGCUCUUUGUUACAUUCCUUGCAUCCGUUUGUGACGAGAAAGAACGAGAACGGAGGUUGCAAUGAAACUCUGAUGUACAAAGGAAACAUCACAAGCGUGUUCUACGAACAAGGUGUAACUUGUUAGCAUAUUCUUAGAUAUUAAAAAUUGUACAAUUCUUUC